UCGGGUCCUUGCUUCCAAGAUGACCAAAAAAAGAAGGAAUAAUGGUCGUGCCAAAAAGGGCUGCGGCCAUGUGCACCCUAUUCGUUGCACGAACUGUGCUAGGUGCGUGCCCAAGGACAAGGCCAUUAAGAAGUUCGUCAUUCAAAACACUGUAGAGGCUGCAGCCAUCAGGGACAUUUCUGAAGCAAGUGUUUUGGAUGCUCAUGUGCUUCCCAAGCUCUAUGUGAAGCUGCAUUACUGUGGGAGUUGUGCCGUUCAUAGCAGGGUGGUCAGCAAACAAUCUCGUGAAGCCAGGAAGGACCGAACACCCCCACCCCAUUUUAGACCUGCUGGUACUGCCCCAAGACCUCCACCAAAGCCUAUGUAA